GGCCGGGAUGAGCCGCCCCCGCUGCCUGGCCCCGCUGCGGGAGCGGCCCGGUCCUCCAGGCUCCCAGCAUGCCCCGCUCUCCCGCCCGCCUCUCCGGUCGGGGCACAUGCUCGGUGCGUGGGGCCGGCCCGGUUUCCUCCCGGCCUCGUCAGCAGCGCGGGGCCUCCCGGUACCCCCGGCACCGCCGACAUGGCCCCCCCGACAGGGAAUGUCGUGGACAGCCAGGCCCCGCGGCCCCUGGGCUGCCAGCUGCGCUGGGACCUGACGGCCGAGCAGAUCGAGGCCAUGGCCGCCGAGCUCACCGAGAGCACCAAGCUCGUCUACGACCGCGUGGGAGCCCAGGAGCGCGGGGAGGUCUCCUACGAGAACACGCUGAAGGCUCUGGCGGACGUGGAGGUGGAAUACACAGUCCGUAGGAACAUGCUGGACUUCCCCCAGCACGUGUCCCCCUGCAAGGCCAUCCGCGCCGCCAGCACCGAGGCCGACAAGAAGCUCUCAGAGUUCGACGUGGAGAUGAGCAUGAGGCAGGACGUGUACCAGAGGAUUGUGUGGCUGCAGGAGAAAGCAGAGAGUGCUUCCCUGAGGCCCGAGGCAAAGAGGUACCUGGAGAGGCUGAUCAAGCUGGGAAAAAGGAACGGGCUCCACCUCCCUGAGGAGACACAGGAGAAAAUCAAAGCUAUCAAGAAAAAGCUGAGCGUGCUGUGCAUCGACUUCAACAAGAACCUCAACGAGGACACCACCUUCCUGCCCUUCUCCAGAGAGGAAUUAGGGGGGCUCCCUGAGGAUUUCCUGAACUCCCUGGAGAAGACAGAGGAUGGGAAGCUGAAGGUCACCCUGAAGUACCCACACUACUUCCCCCUGCUGAAGAAGUGCUACGUGCCCGAGACCAGGAGGAAGGUGGAGGAGAUGUUCAACUCCAGGUGCAAAGAGGAGAACUGCCUGAUCCUGAAGGAGCUGGUGGACCUGAGGGCUCAGAAGGCCAAUCUGCUGGGCUUCAGCACCCACGCUGACUUUGUGCUGGAGAUGAACAUGGCCAAGAGCAGCCGGACGGUGGCCACGUUCCUGGAUGAGCUGGCCCAGAAGCUGAAGCCCCUGGGGGAGAAGGAGAGGGCAGUGAUCCUGGACCUGAAGAAGAAGGAGUGCGAGAAGCGCGGGCUGGAGUUCGACAACCGCAUCAACGCCUGGGACAUGCGCUACUACAUGAACCAGGUGGAGGAGACCAAGUACAGCGUGGACCAGAACCUGCUCAAGGAGUAUUUCCCCAUGCAGGUGGUCACCACAGGCCUCCUGGCCAUCUACCAGGAGCUGCUGGGCCUCACCUUCCACCUGGAGGAGAAGGCUCAGGUGUGGCACGAGGACGUGCAGCUCUACACGGUGAAGGACGCGUCCUCCGGGGAGACCAUCGGGAAGUUCUACCUGGAUCUGUACCCACGGUGAGGCC